AUGGAUAUUGCCAUCCAGCACCCCUGGUUCAGACGUGCCCUGGGCUCUGUCUACCCUGCCCGACUCUUUGACCAGUUUUUUGGAGAGGGCAUGUUUGACUACGACCUCUUUCCCUACACCACCUCCACCAUCAGCCCCUACUACAGACAGACACUCUUCCGCAACUUUUUGGAUUCUUCUACCUCCGGCAUGUCUGAGGUGAGGUCUGACAGGGAUAAGUMCAUAGUCUACCUGGACGUCAAGCACUUCUCUCCUGAUGAGCUCAAUGUGAAGGUCACUGACGACUACGUGGAGAUCCAGGGCAAACAUGGAGAAAGACAGGACGACCACGGUUACAUCUCUCGCGAGUUUCACCGCCGCUACCGCCUCCCCUCCAGCGUCGACCAAUCGGUGAUCAGCUGCUCCCUGACAACUGACGGUCUGCUGACUCUGACUGGGCCAAAGGUCACCGGGGGGAGUGAAUCUGGCCGCAGCGAGCGCAGCAUCCCUGUCACCCGUGACGAAAAGCCCAAUGCCGCUCCAUCCUCUUAG